AUGGAGGAACCCUUGGGAGACUUUGAUCUAAACACAAAUAGUACACCACACCAGACAGAGCACACCUUGGACCCACAAAACCCUUCAAGAAGAAGGAAUACCGUUAAAGAUCGCUUUUUCAAGAAUAGCUCAACUUUUUUCUACUACUAUGCAGUUCCUAUUGUUGUAGUGCUUUCAGGCAUUUCAAUUUUUCUAAGCAGUAGAUUUAUAACUGUUCUAGUAAGUAGAAGAGCAUUCAAUUACAUCUCUCAACAACAAGAGGUAAAUGGAUUCUAUGAGAAUUUGCCUGAAGAUACAGAGUCAGGCAUUGUUAGCUUAGAUUACAAAGUAGGAGUCUACAAGAACAUAGGAAUGAUUUCAGCUGCUCUUCUAAUGCUGCUUAUUUCUUAUCUUAUCAAAAACAAAAAAAUACUAAUGGAAUUAUACUUUAUUACUCUCAGCAUACUUCCUGUUUCUAUGGGGAUAUUUGCGAUGCUGUGUCUAGCCGGAGAUGUUUCAACGCGUUUCUAUCCUCCCUAUCCAGCCAAUUAUCAUCUUAAGAUAAUAUACUUUAUAGUAGGUUUGUUCAUGGGGCUAUACAGCUUUUUGCUUCUUGUAUUCUUUAACGAAAGAUACAAACAAACAACAAAAAAACUAUGGUAUGUGAUGAACAUGAAUGUCUGCAUUUUCUUAUUUGGAGCACUGUGUGACCUGUUAUUAAAUUCUAUUUAUAUAAAUAGAUCGAAAACUUUGAUAUAUGUAGGAGGUAGUAUUAUUGCAGUGCUCAGCCUCCUUACGAACUAUAACAUGUCCAUCUAUGUAGUGAACAAUUGGUUGAUCAAAUAUUUGAUGAGCAAUAAGCAUCCAGAAGAAGAGGAAGAUAUUCUACUAGAGCCACUGCAAACAGGGAGAGAGGAGAUGACUGCAGGAUCUUCUACAGCAGCAACAAAUCCCCCUUUUAUUCCAUCAGAAAAUAAAAUAAUGCUUAAUACGGAAAGUCUUACAAGAGUAGAUGGUGCUGUAAAAAUAGAAGUGGUGGUUAGACAUAUUAUUUUCCAAAAGGAUUUCUACAAUGAGUACUUGGCCAUACUUGUGUGGUGCUAUGCAUGCUCUUUCUUGAAACAGACGAUAUUUAUGGCGGAUACAAUAAUUUCCCCAAAAGACAAGAUUGAUGAUAAUAGCUAUCUAUACCUUAUCUGUCCGAUAAUCGCUGUAGCACUUUACUAUUUACUGGCUUUUAUUACUAAGUCUAUAAGCAAGAUAUUGACUGUGGCAUAUGUGAUGCAUGUAGUUGGAAUUAUUCUCCUAUUCGCUACUAGCUUUAUCGGAUGGGUUCCUCUCCAGAACUUCUCAAUGGGACUAUACUUUACGAGUUUUAAUUUUGCUAUUUCACUAGUCUCAGGAAUACUCCCCAUAGCCUUGGGAUCGAAAACAUCUAAUCCAUUUGUAUUUGCUGUGUAUAUUCUUUUAACACAGCUAUUCGAUAUUUUUAUUCCGUUCCAUUUAGAUUCGAAAUACACAAAAUAUGUAUCUUUUACUGUGGUGAGCAUUCUUUCCAUAGUUUUGAUUCCAAUAUACAUAGGAAUUAGAAGAGCAGAGAAUAAAAAAAAAGAAAAAGUUUAUGUUGGUGACAGUGCUAUUGGCUUCAAUAAAUACACUCCAGGAGUAAAAGUUAACACAGCACGAAUGCCACCAGCGCAUUGA